UCGUUUAUUGGUUUCGCGGUUGCUCACCCGAGCGGAACCCAACGCUGGACUUCACAAAAUUCCUUCACCGAUACGACAAAUGCCAUCGCCGGCAAGAACCACAUGCAUCGGACUACAUUCUUGAAGUCGAGGGCUGAUCUUAGCAAGCAUUGUUCAUGUAAUUCCAGUUGAAUUGAAGGUGGAUCCGGUCCUACUGAACUAAAGGAAGGAAAGCAAAAUGUUGAGGCUAAGGGCGUUUCGGCCUUCGAACGAGAAGAUCGUGAAGAUACAGAUGCAUCCGACACAUCCGUGGCUUGUUACGGCUGAUGCGUCGGAUCACGUCUCUGUUUGGAAUUGGGAGCAUCGGCAGGUUAUUUACGAGCUCAAAGCAGGUGGAAUUGAUCAGAGGCGUCUCGUUGGCGCCAAGUUGGAGAAGCUCGCUGAGGGCGAAUCAGAUUUGAAGGGGAGGUCGGCUGAAGCUAUACGAGGGGGAAGUGUCAAGCAGGUGAACUUCUAUGACGAUGAUGUACGCUUUUGGCAACUUUGCCGGAACCGUUCCGCAGCUGCUGAAGCUCCGUCAGCUGUCAACCAAGUUACAUCAGCUAUGAGUUCCUUUGCCCCUUCCACAAAGGGAAGGCAUUUUCUAGUUAUCUGUUGUGAAAAUAAAGCCAUAUUCUUGGACUUGGUGACAAUGCGAGGCCGUGAUGUUCCGAAGCAGGAUCUUGACAAUAAAUCUCUUCUCUGCAUGGAGUUCCUUUCUAGAACUUCGGGAGGAGAGGGUCCUCUUGUGGCCUUUGGUGGAUCAGAUGGUGUUAUUAGGGUCCUCUCAAUGCUAACCUGGAAGCUAGUGCGCAGAUAUACUGGAGGUCAUAAAGGAUCAAUCUCAUGUUUAAUGACCUUCAUGGCUUCCUCGGGCGAGGCGCUUCUGGUAUCUGGUGCUAGUGAUGGCUUACUUAUACUCUGGAGUGCGGACAACAGCCAAGAUUCACGAGAACUUGUACCAAAACUUAGCUUAAAAGCACAUGAUGGUGGGGUGAUAGCUGUCGAACUUUCCAGAGUGAUCGGAGGUGCUCCCCAACUUAUCACAAUUGGUGCGGACAAAACACUUGCCAUUUGGGAUACUAUCACUUUUAAGGAACUCCGUCGCAUCAAACCUGUUCCAAAACUGGCCUGCCAUAGUGUUGCAUCUUGGUGUCAUCCUCGUGCGCCAAACCUUGAUAUUCUCACUUGUGUUAAAGAUUCCCACAUAUGGGCUAUUGAGCACCCCACGCACUCAGCUCUCACAAGACCACUUUGUGAACUUUCUUCCCUUGUCCCUCCUCAAAUGCUUGCUCCAAACAAGAAAGUUAGGGUUUACUGUAUGACUGCUCAUCCUUUACAACCUCAUCUUGUUGCUACUGGAACCAAUAUUGGUGUUAUCAUCAGUGAACUUGAUGCUAGAUCUCUUCCAGCAGUAGCUCCUCUUCCAACUCCAUCAGGUGGCCGAGAGCAUUCUGCUGUUUAUGUAGUUGAAAGGGAGCUAAAAUUGUUAAAUUUUCAAUUGGCUCACACAACGAAUCCAUCUUUGGGAAAUAAUGGAUCGUUAUCUGAAGGAGGAAGGUUAAAAGGAGAUGAGCUGCUACAAGUCAAGCAGGGCAAAAAACACAUCAGCACUCCUGUUCCACAUGAUGCAUAUUCAGUUCUUUCUGUUAGCAGUUCUGGAAAGUACCUUGCUAUAAUUUGGCCUGAUAUUCCAUACUUUUCUAUCUACAAAGUAAGUGACUGGUCCAUUGUUGAUUCCGGAAGUGCGAGGCUUCUGGCCUGGGAUACAUGUCGAGAUAGGUUUGCAUUGCUGGAAUCUGCCAUACCUCCUAGGUUUCCAACAAUUCCUAAGGGGGGAUCAUCGAGAAGAGCAAAGGAAGCUGCUGCAGCAGCAGCGCAGGCAGCUGCAGCAGCUGCUUCUGCUGCUUCCUCAGCCAGUGUUCAAGUUCGUAUAUUGCUCGAUGAUGGGACAUCAAACAUUUUGAUGAGGUCUGUAGGCAGCCGCAGUGAACCGGUGGUUGGUUUGCAUGGUGGGGCUCUUCUUGGCGUUGCAUAUCGAACAUCCAGGAGAAUUAGUUCUGUUGCUGCGACAGCAAUUUCAACAAUGCCUUUAUCAGGAUUUGGUAACAGCGGUGUUUCUUCCUUUUCAAGUUUUGACGGUCGUUUUUCUUCCCAUAGAUCUUCGGCUGAAACACCACCACCAAACUUUCAAUUGUACAGCUGGGAAACUUUUCAGCCUGUUGGUGGGCUUCUGCCUCAGCCAGAAUGGACUGCAUGGGACCAAACUAUUGAAUAUUGUGCCUUCGCAUAUCAGCAUUACAUUGUUGUAUCUGCUCUGCGUCCUCAAUAUAGAUACUUGGGAGACGUAGCAAUUCCAUAUGCUACUGGAGCUGUCUGGCACCGUAGACAACUGUUUGUGGCUACUCCAACUACCAUAGACUGUUUUGAGGGGAUGCAGGCCCACACAGCCCUAUUAUCCAACCACGAACAAGGUCUAAACUACGUUCGUUCCUUUUGUGUCACUUUACCUAUAUGCAUUGAAAGAUGUGUUUUUGUGGAUGCUGGAGUUGCGGCUAUUGACAUUGAAAUGAAAAGAAUGAAAGAAGAGAUGAAGUUGAAAGAUGCACAAGCUAAAGCCAUUGCUGAGCAUGGGGAGUUAGCUCUUAUCACUGUAGAUGGCCCUCAAACUGUUGCCCAGGAAAGAAUAACCUUGAGGCCCCCAAUGCUUCAGGUGGUGCGAUUGGCAUCAUUUCAGCAAGCUCCUUCUGUACCGCCAUUUUUAUCAUUACCCAAACAGUCAAAAGUGGAUGCAGAUGAUUCGAUGAUGCACAAAGAUACCGAAGACAGAAGAGCAAAUGAGAUAGCAGUUGGCGGUGGUGGAGUGUCAGUGGCAGUUACUCGUUUCCCAGCUGAGCAGAAACGUCCUGUAGGACCUCUAGCUGUAGUUGGUGUUAGAGAUGGAGUUCUCUGGUUAAUUGACAGGUACAUGAGUGCUCAUGCUUUAUCCUUAAAUCAUCCUGGUAUUCGUUGUCGGUGUCUUGCUGCCUAUGGUGAUGCAAUCAGUGCCGUCAAAUGGGCAAGUAGGCUUGGUAGAGAACAUCAUGAUGACUUAGCCCAAUUUAUGCUUGGUAUGGGCUAUGCCAUGGAAGCUCUACAUCUGCCAGGAAUAUCGAAGAGAUUGGAAUUUGAUCUGGCCAUGCAAGGAAAUGAUUUAAAAAGAGCACUUCAGUGUCUUCUUACUAUGAGCAACAGCAGGGACAUGGGGCAAGAUAAUACAGGGCUUGAUUUGAGUGACAUUCUCAGCUUAACAACUAAAAAGGACGAUGUGGUUGAAACAUUUCAAGGAAUUGUGAAAUUUGCAAAAGAGUUUUUGGACUUGAUUGACGCAGCAGAUGCUACUGGACAGGUUGAUAUUGCUCGUGAGGCUCUUAAAAGGUUAGCUGCUGCAGGUUCCUUGAAAGGUGCAUUACAAGGUCAUGAGUUAAGAGGAUUGGCUCUCCGACUAGCAAAUCAUGGAGAGUUGACACGAUUGAGUGGAUUAGUGAACAAUUUGAUCUCAGUCGGCUCGGGACGUGAAGCAGCGUUUGCAGCAGCGGUUUUAGGAGACAAUGUUCUCAUGGAGAAAGCAUGGCAAGACACAGGAAUGCUUGCGGAAGCUGUGCUUCAUGCUCAAGCUCAUGGCCGACCGACGUUGAAAAAAUUGGUCGAAUCUUGGAACAAGAUGCUACAAAAGGAGAUGGAGCACACCUCGUCGGAAAAGACCGACGCUGCAGCUGCAUUUUUUGCAUCCCUCGAGGAGCCAAAACUCACAACCUUGGCAGAUGCAGGCAAGAAGCCUCCAAUUGAAAUCCUUCCUCCUGGAAUGCCAACUCUGCCAUCUUCCAAUCUAGCUCCAAAGAAGCCAACUCCUGGGGCACACGGUGCAUUGCAGCAACCAGCCAAGCCUUUGCUACUGGAGGCACCGCCUGCUGAUCCACAACAACAAACAGAAGGUACACCGACCCAAUCGGAACCAACUGAACAGACUUCAGACGGUAAAGCCCCAACUAAUACAGCAGCGACCGACACGUCUCCGACUACUUCAGUAGAAAAUGUUCCGAUAAUGUUAAAUGGUUUAGAGCCAUCUGAUAUUCAAUUAGCAUCCUCCAACACCACACCAGUAGAAACUCAAAUAAUACCACCAUCAUCCGUAAAUAAUACGACACAUUCAGAGGCAGUGUUAGAAUCAACCGAGCUUCAGAACUCCUCUGUUCCACAUUCAUCGUCCUCAAACGACGCAGCACCACCAUCAGACGCCCCAUUUGAGGUGCCUGAUCUUCUUCUGAAUACAUAUCUUCCAAACGCAUCACAAAUUUGAAAGCUAGCCAUAAUUGAGUAUAGAAGGUGAGGUUGAUCUUGUUAACUGCUGUUGUAAUGCAUUCUUUCAUGUGUUUGAUUCUCUCUUGCCUAUUGUGUUAUACAAAGUUCCAUAUAUUCUUCUAUUCGUUAUUGUUUUAGAUUUAGAAUGCAUUUCAUUAAGCGUUUCCAUCUGUAAUUUUCUUUUUCGAGUUAGCUAAAACGUAGAAUUUGGCUAGGGAAUAUAUUUUCGUUUUACAA